UCGCUGAUUAAGUCUGGUGGGUGGCGAAUGGAAGAGGGACGAUCUGUUUCGAUCGCAUCUGAGUAAGCGGAAGGAGAGAAAGGGGGAAGAGGAUCGUGGUGAGAGCAGGGUCGGGGGCGGCGGCGGUGGCAGCAGCAGUAGCGAUGCAGAUCCGGGGAUCAGGUCCCCGCCCGCUGCCUAACUCCCGGAUCUCUGCCGUCAUGUUCGCAAUGUUCGCCAGCAUGGCUUCCCUCUACGUUGCGGGCCGUCUCUGGCAGGAUGCGCAGAGCAGGGUUUAUCUCAUCAAGGAACUGGAUCGAAGGACUGGACAGGGACAAUCUGCUAUAUCAGUUGAUGAGACGCUGAAGUUGGUAGACUGCAGACAACAGCACAAAAAGUUAGCGGCUCUGGAGAUGGAGCUUGUGGUGGCGAGAAACAAAGGGUUUGUUGGGCAGUACUCUUCGGAGACCAACGGGACUAAUUUUUCAAGGAAAAGACUGCUUGUUGUUAUAGGAAUAGCUACAGGAUUUGAACGAAAAAAACAGAGGGACGCAGUUAGAAAGUCAUGGCUCGCAACUGGUGCAGCAAUGAAAAAACUGGAAUUAGAAAAAGGUGUGGUAGCACGAUUUGUGAUAGGACGAAGUGCAAAUCGUGGAGAUAGUGCUGAUAGAGAGAUUGACAACGAAAAUUGGAAGACAAAUGAUUUUAUAAUACUUGAUAAUCAUGUGGAAGCUUCUGAGGAACAACCGAAAAAGACAAAACUAUUUCUUGCUCAUGCAGCAGAAGCUUGGGAUGCUGAGUUCUAUGCUAAAAUUAAUGAUGAUGUUUAUGUUAACAUUGAUGCUUUGGGCACAAUGCUUGCAGCCCACUUGGACAAACCCCGUGCAUAUAUUGGGUGUAUGAAAUCUGGCGAAGUUUUCUCUGAUAAGAGUCAGAAGUGGUUUGAACCAGAAUGGUGGAAGUUUGGUGAUGGAAAAUCGUAUUUCCGGCAUGCUUCUGGAGAGAUGUUUGUGGUAUCUAGAGCCCUAGCAAAGUUUAUUUCUAUCAAUAGGGCUAUUCUUCGCACUUAUGCCCAUGACGAUGUUAGUGUUGGUUCAUGGAUGAUUGGUCUUAAUGUGCAGCAUAUUAAUGAGGGAAAACUAUGCUGCUCCUCAUGGUCAUCAGGAGCCGUAUGUGCAGCUGUAUGAAAAAUAUACAACAAGAAACUUUGACAUGGUGGAUUUGCUCGAUCUUCUCUGCCGACAUGAAAGAUGGUGCAUGGCCUCUACAUCUGAAUACUUUUUCUCAAUCUCGGAGUAAAUUAACUGGAUCAAAAUCCUGCCGAAAGGGCUGUAGCAGAAAUGUUUUGAGUUGGCUUUUCAACAGAAGAAUUACAGUUGAAUUUCUUAGGUUGAGAGCUUUGCUUGUGUUGAUCUGUGUAAGGUACGCCAUUAACCAUUCUUUCACAAUGAGAUAUGUAUUUUUCAGUAAACUGCAAUUAGUUUUUUCUUUUGAUGAUAGUAAAUUGUCAGUAGGUUAUAUUAUAGAGUGUUUGGUUGCCACAUUGAAUCUUAAAAUGGACAAAUUAUGUGUAUCUCAAAUUUGUUAAUAUUUGAUCACAAUAGUAGUUCAAUUGUUAAUA